AUGGGCAAUUCGUUGCGAAAUCGUUGGAGUGUUGCGGUUGGGCUGGACACGUGUUUCGUCCCUACCGGAGACUCAUCAGCAGCCCGAAUACCUGUCAGAAUAGUUAUCGCGUUGGAGGGGAAACUCUCGUUGCUUGUUUUUCCUCGAUCACGUCGGGGUCACCAAUUUGUUGCGGUUGGGUUGAAGCUUCCAGAGGAGUUCAUCGUGGAAGAUCAGAAUGGUUGUGAUGUCACGCCACGUUCGUUCAUUCCGUGGCAAAGAAUGCACGCUUGGCUGGGGCUGAAGCUUCCGGAGGAGUUCAUCAGGGAAGAUGUCAGGCUACGUUCGUUCAUUCAGUGGCAAAGAAUACACGCCUGGCUGGGAUACGUUUUAUUCUUUCUUCUCUGUAAUUUAACAUUAAGCACCGCUAAGCUUUCUGAUGAGAAUCUACUCUUUCUCUAUCUUUCUCCAUCAACUCGGGCUGAGUUUCAACAACAAUCUCGAGAAGGACUGGCACCAGUUUUGGAGGACAACGUAAGAACCGGACCGCAUUCAACAUUCUGCCUUUGUCGAAUGGACGACGUAUCCGGUCAAAUUCAUUCCAUCGAUGCAUGUCAGAUGAUGGUCGGUGCAAUGGAGGACGAUGAGAAUGAUGAAAAUAAUGGCAGUCAGGAUGAUAAAAAUGAAAAUGAGGAGGGCCUUGCUAAAUCAGGCAGACAAAUAUCUGAAGGCGAUGCCAGUACUGUGAGUGUUGGAACUGCAGAUGAUGAUGACGACAAUAAUGAAAAAGAAGAUGAUGAUGAUGAUGGUAGUGACGAAGAUGAAGAUGAGAAGGCAGAGAGAGAGAGACAGGAAAGGAAGAGGAGAAUAAAAAUUAGGAAAUUGGAAAGAUUGAUGGAGAUAUGGAAGAAGUUGUGCAAGUUGAAUGACCAGGCUGCCCAUGUUGGCCGACAUUCAGAGAAGAACUUCGUCUUUGAAGGAACGAAAUAUCCUCAAAUAAAUAGGAUCAUCUCCAAAUUUGUCAACGAAGUCAAAACGUUUCCAGAUUAUCAAGAAGUUUAUGAGAUUGUUACAAAGUGUAAUGCCCACUAUUCUAUGAAAUUAAGCAAGAAUCAGAUCCUCGGAAUUAGUGAACAAGCAUUCGUAAAAUUAGGCGAACUACUCAAAAUGAGAAGAAUCAAAGAUUACAAAGAGGAGUUUGGCUGCCAUCUUACCGAUGAUGUCAGGAAGGAUCCGGCAGCUGAUGACGCUGAGCUGAAGAAAAAACUCGACGAGAACAAGAAAAUUAGCAAAAACAAAUUAGAACAGGUCUUCAGUCAUUAUACCACCCUACAACUUACCAGCUCGAAGGACGAUGAGGACGAGGACGACGAUGAUGAUGACGUCAUUGACGAGUUUGUUGAUGAAGACGAUGAGAUCAUUGAGCAACAAACAGCUGCCACUGAUGAUGAUCUAAGUUCCUUAUCGAAAAAGCUGUACCAAAAAUCUGGAGGCCAUCCUGACAAAAUUUCCAGCUUCACUACUGCUACUGCUGCCACUUCUAUUGCUACUGUAACUAUUAUUAAUACUACUACCGCUACUGCUGCUGCUGCUAAUACUACAGCUGCUAUUCCCGCUAUUACUACUUCAAAUUCUGCUUCUACUACUACAGCUGCUACUGAAACUGUGACUACUUUGACUACUGCUCCUACUACUACUUUUGCUACCACCACUACUACAAAUACUACUGCUGCUACUACUACUACUACUACUACUGCUGCUACUACUACCACUACAACUACUACUUCUACUUUUUCAACUACAGCUGCUGCCACUACUACUUCGACAGUUACUAAAGCUACUGCUAUUAAUACUACAACUGUUAAAGAUAGUAGUAGUACCUAUACUGCCAAGAAAAUGAUUGCCAACAAUCAUAAUAAUAGCAAUAAUAAUAAUAAUGACGAUGAUGAUGAUGAUGAUAGGGCUAGUGAAAGUAAGAAUACUAAUUGUAAUAGCACUAAAGCUAAUGAUUGUAACAUCAUUCAUGUUGGUGAAAAAAAUCUCACACCUUCUUUAAAAAAGUUCGAUGUCUCGGAUUCACCUACUACCAAAUUGCAGCGUUUUGAAGGUGGGCUGAAAGUGACUAUAGGUAAACCUAAUCUAAGUCCCUCAAAGGUGCUACUUGAAAGAUGUGAUCGGGCUCUUAGUUGCACCAUUAAUGGUAGCAUAAGUAGUAGUAGUGUUUGUAAUGUUGUUGGUAGUAGCGUCGGUGAAGCUGCUACUACUAGUAGUAGUGGUGGCGGCGUCAGUAGCAGCGUUGCUAGAGUUAGUACUGUCAGUAGUGGUAGUAGUGGUGGUAAGGUUAUUGGAGGGAGUAGUAUUUUGAGUAGUUGUAGUAGUAGUAAAAUUAAUGAUCACGCGAGUAGUAUUUGUAGUAGUAGUGGUGGUGGUGGCGUCAGUAACAACUGCAUUCCUAGUUAUGAUCAGAUAUCUAAAUCUAAAAAAAAGAGAAUUCGUCGCCAGCCUAAUCGAGAUGGCGAGGAUGACGAUCUUGAACGUAAACGUUCGAAACUUGAUUAUAUUAUUAGUAAUGACAAUGAUGACGAUAGUACUGCUGCUACUACUACUACUACUGCUGCUGCUACUACAACUACUAAUAUUAAUGGUAAUGAUAAUAGUUAUAGUAACGAAGACAACACUAAGAUAGGUGAUGAUGAUGAUGAUGAUGUCUUAAUAUGUGAUGUCUGUGAUAAAGUCAGUAAUAAUGGCAGUAAUAAUAAUGACGUAAACAAAGAUACUAAAUCACGAAGUAACAAAAAUGACGAUGACGUCAACGACGAUGGCGAUGAUAAGGAAGAGGACCAAAGAAUUCGUCGCCAUUGGGAUGAUGGUGACGUAAACACGAAACUUGUUAAUGGACAACUGCCCGGUGAUAGUAUUUUGAAACAUAAUAAGAAGAAAGAUGGCCGUGGUGAUGAAGUGAGUGAGGACAGAAGGAAGACAAAUGGCGGGAAAGAUGAUGGAAUGAGUGCAGUGAUAAAGAAGAAGAAGAGAAAGAGGAAUGACGAUGAUCGUUCUGAAAGCAGAGAGAGUAGAAAACAUGAGGCAGAUGAUAAAAUCGUCAAUGAUGAUGAUGAUGAUAAUAAUAAUCAUAAUAAUAACGUGAGUGAUGACGACGAUGACGUAAUUUGCAUUGAUGAUUUUCUUGAUGACAUCAAUUCCACUCAAAUCACAACACACAACGACAUGUCAUCUGACAACAAUAGCAACACUAACGAUCUAUACUACAGAAAUAGUAGCCUAUAUAAUAGAGAUAAUGCUAACACGAAUGGCUGUAGUGAUGGGAAUAUUCCAAAUCUGGCUGAUGCUAAUAAUGUGGUUCGGCCAUUCCUAUUUGGUAGUAAUAGGCAUUCCAGUUUGUUGUCGACCUUUCGACAAACAAAUACAAAAGUGAGAUCACUGCAAUCGAAAGUUCAUGCAAAUUGUAGCAACAAAGCACCUCCAUUCUCACAAAUUCAUUACAAAGCUUCAAAUAAUAACAACAACAACAUUAGUAAUGUGGCAGGUUUUGAUGGCAGCGAUUACAACAGCGCUGCAAACGGCAAUUACAACAACAACACACGUGGCAACGACAUCAGCAAUGAUGUCAUCAAUUCCUAUAUGAUUGACAUCAACAACAUUCCAAACUCUGCUGUUGGUGGCUCGAUGAACUACAACUCAGGCAGUUGCAAUCCACUUAGCAGGCCUCUUAGUGGCAAACGAGCCAGGAAAAAAUCUCAGCAGUCGAGCGUCAUCAACUUCAACAACGCCGACAACAUCUUCGGCACCAGCGCUCAAGAUGUCGCUCGUCUGCCCAAGCUACCAGCGAGACUUGCCAAGCAAAUAGAGAAGAUGACGAAGGAUGUUGUGGACACUCACAUGCGCAGGAAGCAGAUCUCUCAACUUUCUCCGGAGUUUCAACAGUUCCAGCCAACGACGCAAAACAAUCAACUACUACUGCAGUAUCAGCAACAGCCGCUGCAACAACAACAACAACAUAGUCAACCACAUCAAUAUCAACAGUAUCAUCAACCACAACGACAGCCGCGAUCGUGUCCGCAAAACUUUCGACCGCAUCAGUACCGACGUCAAAUGCAGGCACAAAUUCGACAGAGAAUUCAACAAAUUCAGCAGCAAAAUCGCCUACGAUAUCAACAACAACAACUCAACCACGACCUAAUUAUAUCUGUUGAUGAAAAUACGAACAACUAUACCAGCAGCAACAGCAUCUGUAACAAUAAUAGAACGUUUAGUGACAUACACAGCACUAACAAAAAUAUUAAUAGCGUUAAACCCUGCAACAAUACAAACUUGAAUGCAUUCACAGACAACAACAUUACUACUGGGGAUGGUACCUUUGAUAGCAAUAACAACAACAGGCUAUAUAACAGUAACACCAACAACAACAAUGAACGUUACACUAAAAAUGUCGACACUGAAAACAGCAACAUCAUCUCUAGAAACCAAAUUUACAAUCAGAACAUCAACAAAAACAUCAACCACAAUAACAACAACAUCAACCACAACAACAACAACCACAACAACAUCAAUAACAUCAGCAAAUCGAACUGCAAUAAAAAAACUAACAAACACACAUCCUUUAACAUUAACAACAACAACAAUAAUCAUUACACUAAUACAACUAACUUGAAUAAUUUCUGCAAUAUGGACAGUGACAGCAAUAACAACGACAAUAAUAACAACUAUAAUAAUAAUAAUAUCAACAACGGUAAUAGCAUUAAUUAUAGGUCUUCAACUUUUACAAACAGUGACGUGAACAGAACAAACAACUCACACUCACACAAUUACAAGGCAGAUAGAAACAUUUCCACUUACACUCCAGCGCAGCCAAAACUUUCAGCCGGCACUGUAUCUCAGCAGAAGCCGACAAAACGUCAACAAAGUAGCAAAAGAAAGAUACUGGAUAAGAGUCUUGCUGGUGAUUCUAGUGCGGCGAAAAGAAAAUUUAACAAUGAUGAUAAUUUCGUUGGAAAUUUGAUUGUCUUGAAUGAUGAUGAUGAUGAGGAGGAGGAUGAGAAGGUGGAAGAUGCUAAUUCUCAAGAACAUUUCGUCGUCGAUGCUGAUGAGUUGUCUACAGCUGUCAUCAACCUCCCAUCAGCAACCAGCAACCAAGAAACUGCUGAAAACAGCAACAGCAGCAGCAAUAACAACAACAACGCUAGGGAAAAUUUAUCUUCUGCUAUGAAUUCACUUUACGUCAAAGUCAUCAAAACGACCACAACAACUACAACCACCGUCGUGCAGCACAAAGAACGGCGUCAACUACCACGACAGCGGCGACCAAAUCGCAUUAAGUGUCAGCUACAAAGUCAACAGCAACGUCAGCCGCAACCACAACAACAAUUAGUUAUGCUCAAUGAUGAAGAUAACGACGACGACGAUGUUAUCAUUUGCGAUGACGUCACAGCCGAUAACGAAAACUCUAAAAAUAGUACAGCCAGUAAGACACAACAGUUUUUGACUAUUACGACUGCGAUGUCGCCAUUAUCAUCAUCAUCAACAACAACAGCAACAACUACUACUACUACAAUACAACAACAACAAAUAAGCAGCAGCAGCAACAACAACAAAAACACAAGUCUCAUUACUCAGUCAUGUUCUUUGGGCAGUUUAAUAUCAGAUGAUGACAAUGAUGAUGAUGAUGAUAGAGUCGUAGGAUAUGCCCAGGUCAACGAUGACAAUGAUGUUGUAGAAGAUGAUGACGUCAUCGUCGCGUGUGAAGCAGAUGACGUACGUGCUAAUACUGAUGACGAUGAUUGUUGCAUAGAUAUCCAUUCCAACAAAGAAUCAGAGAAUCCGGAAAAUAGUAAUAGUACCAAUGUCUGUAACAUUGUGAAUGAUCCAGAAGACUUUGUAGAUAAUGACUGCGUUAUAUGCCUGUUGUAAUGCCUUUAUUAAACUAUUUUUUGCCACUUAUUUGUUUGAUAUAAGAAAAUAAAUUUUAAAAUUUAAUACGUAUUUCUGUUGAAAUUCAUUAUUAUUAUUAUUAAUAACUAUUAUUUUUUUUAAUUAUUAUUAUUAUCAAUUAUCAUUAUUAUAUUAUUUUAUUUUAACGAUUUUAAAUAUUAAUUUUGAAUUAUUUAACGAUUUUAAAAUAAUUGACACAUUGCGAUUUUUAAAUGUUGAACACUCAGCGUGAAAUAAUUUUAGUAAUAUAAAGGUUGUCAUUGCCCCAUGAUUCAUGACUGAAUGAUUGGGUGAAUGCGUGUGGUAAUUUAUGGCUAUCUUUGCGUAGAAAUACAAGGUAUCUUCAAUGCAGGUCUUUGACUUUAUGCACAUUAUUCAUUUAAUCGUUCCUUUGUUCACUUCCACUCGAGUUUGAUUUAAUAAAAUGGGAUUUAAUUUGCUCUGAACUGUUUUU